AUGAAUUAAACACGGCUACAUGAUUUGGUUCCAAAGUCGCGUUUGUACGGUAAAGAGGGCCUUGAGAAAAAAUCUCCAUUAUUCUUUUGCAAAGGCUCGAAUCGACCGGGCGUAUUUGGGGAUGGAAAUCGCGUCUCCUCCUCUUGAAACUGAAACGAGAAGAAGCAGCCCGAGGAUCGCCGCACUUUCCUGCCGGAGCCCCAUCUCCAAGCCUCUGUCCAGGAAGGUCGUUGGCACGCACGCACCCCUCACUCCGACGACCUAGCUCUGUUCUCUCAGGUACCAUUCCCACUGCCCCUGCCUCCCUCACUGCCUUUCUCUCUAGCAUCGGCGGUGAGUAGGCCGCCGGGCGGCUUGUCGAGGAAGAAGUUGAGGCAGAGAUUGCCGGAGUUCUAGCUCGGCGAGGGUUUCUGCAGCCCGGACUGGACAACUGGACAGAGUUAUCAGAGCUUGGCGUUCUAUGAAUUUGCCCCGAAGAUGUGGUGAAGUUCAGAAAAAAAAAGUUGUUUUCUUCUGCGGGCUGCGGUGCGUCCAAUGCAAUUGAGGACGACAAGCAGUGAACGGGCCCAAAUCAUGAUUUCUGUAGCUGUAGAGCAGGUGGCCGGAGGUUUCUCAUCAGCAGUUAUCCAGCGUGCUAUUGACAAGACCGUGGACUUCCUUGAGAGCAACUACAAUCUGAGCCAUGCUACUGAAGAUCUUUUGACAAAACUCCGCACAAGUCUAACCGUGGUGAAGGCCAUAACCGAGGUGGCUGACAACCAGAUUAUCAUCAACACUAGUCUUACCAAGUGGCUAAGGAACCUCCGUAAUGCUGCCUAUGAAGCUGAGGAUGUUCUUGACAGAUUUGAUUGUCAUGAGAUUGUCACGGGAAAGCGCAAGGUGACCGAGCUCAUAUCAUCAUCAGUUAGGGCCCUAAAAAAUUUGAUUGUGCCUGAUGAAGGCAUGAAAAUGCUUGAGUGUGUGGUGCAACAUAUGGACCACCUUUGUGCAACGUCCAGCACAUUUCUGGAGCUCAUGAAGCAGAGUAAUUUGACAUCCGUCAAGGAGGAGGAAAUCAGGGGAGAGACUACUUCUCGUGUUCCAGUUGAUGUCAACGUUUUUGGCCGUGAUGAAGUUCUUGAGUUGAUAAUGAAAAUUAUUUUGGGUUCAUCUGGCUCUGAACCAGAACCCAGCUGUGUUAGAGCAAAACUCGGGGCAAGGUACCACAUUGGUGGUGUUGAUGUUCUCCCAAUUGUUGGUAUGAGUGGGGUUGGGAAGACAACCCUUGCUCAAGUCAUUUACAAUCAUGGAAAUGUGGAGGGUCACUUCAGGCACAGAGCAUGGGUGUAUGUUUCAAAGCACUUCAGCGUGAAAAGAACAUUGCAGGAGAUGUUGCGCUCUUUGAAAGGAAAUGAUUCAUCUUUUGACUACGCAGAUAGUUUGGAAACAGUUGUGAACAAUAUUCAAAGUGUCAUCCAGCAGGAUGGGAGAUUCCUUCUUGUGCUAGACAGUGUUUGGGAUGAGAUGUGUGACCAGUGGAAUGGUUUGCUUACAGCAAUAGCUUGUGAAGUGCCAGGAAGUGUAGUUCUUGUCACGACACAGAGCAAAAGGGUUGCAGAUAAAGUAGCGACAUUCUGUCAAGUUCCACUAGCACCUUUGCCAUGGGAGAGCUUUUGGUCAGUUUUCAAGUAUUAUGCAUUUGGGACUACUGAUGUUGUGGCUGAGAACAAUCAGACUCUUCUGUUGAUUGGUGAACAAAUAGCAAAAAAACUAGAGGGUCUGCCAUUAUCAGCAAAAGUAAUGGGAAAUCUUUUGAGAUCCAGAUUAACUGUAGACCAAUGGAGAAGCAUCUUGGAGAGCGAUUGGUGGGACCUGACUGAAGUUUUUUGUGAAAUCCUUCCAUACAUGGGAAUCAGUUAUCAAGAUCUACAACCUAGACAAAGGCAGAGCUUUGCUUUCUGUUCGAUCUUUCCACAAAAUUACUUGUUUGAUAAGGAUAGAUUGGUCAAUAUGUGGAUCUCUCAUGAUUUCAUCGAGCACAGUGAAUCUGGUGACACUAGGUUAGAGGAUAUUGGAAGUAAACUGUUUGAUGAACUCGUAGAAAGAUCAUUUUUCCAGGCUACGUUUGACAACAAGAGGUAUACUAUGCAUGAUCUAGUAAGAGCUUUGGCAAUUGCUGUUUCUUCACAUGAAUGUUUCCUUCACAGAGAGACUCCAGAGAGACCAUCACCAACUGUUCGCCACUUGGCUCUGCAAGUUAGUAAUCAAUUGCACAUUCAUGAACUCAACAAGUAUAAAAAUCUGCGGACAAUCUUACUGUUUGGUCAUUGUGACAGUAAAGAAAUUUAUGAUGUUAUUGACACUAUGUUAGCAAACUCAAGAAGCAUCAGAGUGCUGGACUUAUCUCAUUUGGAGGCUCUGACAAAUAUACUGCCCAGUAUUCCAUCCUUGAAAAAAUUGAGGUUCUUCGAUCUUUCUUUCACAAGAAUCAAUAACUUGCGCAGCUUCCCUUGUAGUCUUCAAGCAUUAUACCUCCGUGGAUAUACCCGCAAUUCUAUUCCUCAAACUAUUAAUAGGCUUGCAAACUUGCGGCACCUGUAUGUUGAUAGUACAGCUCUCUCUCUGAUUCCUGAUAUUGGGCAACUGAGUCAACUUCAAGAAUUGGAGAACUUCAGUGCUGGAAAGAGAAAUGGAUUCAUGAUAAAUGAGAUGAAGAACAUGCAAGAGCUAUGUGGAAAAAUUUGCAUCAGCAAUAUCCACGUCAUUAAGAACACACAUGAGGCAAAGGAUGCCAAUAUGACUGAGAAGAAACACCUUGAAGCCUUGGUGCUGAAGGGGAGAAAUGUAUCCACAGAUAUACUUGAAGGAUUGCAGCCACACUCAAAUCUGCGAGAGCUCAUGAUCAAAGGUUACAGGGCUUCAACUUUACCAAGCUGGAUGUUACAAGCUCACAUAUUCACAAAACUUCAGUCCCUUCACAUUGGGGACUGCCGACUUCUAGCUGUGCUUCCGCCAUUUGGAAAUUUCCCUUCACUCAAGCAUCUCACUCUAGACAACUUGCCAUCAGUGAAACAUGCUGAUGGAACAUCUUUUGGCUGUCUUGAAAAUUUGGAGGACUUCAAAGUUUCUUCGAUGACAUCAUGGACAGACUGGUCCCAUGUAGAAGAUGACCACGGCCCUCUCUUUCAACACGUCACGAGGUUUGAACUUCACAAUUGCCCUUUAUUGGAGGAAGUGCCGUUUCUAUCAUUCAUGUCUUUGCUGUCAGAACUUGAUAUUUCAGUUUGUGGGAAUCUUGUCAAGGCACUGGCCGAAUAUGUGCAACUCUUAAAAUGUCUAAAAAAAUUAAAGAUUACUUACUGCGAUCACCCACUCUUGCUCACUGGGGACCAGUUGAACUCACUGGAGUAUCUGUAUCUUAGAAAAUGUGGAGGGGUACGUUUGAUUGAUGGGUUACACUGCUUUCCCAGCCUCAGGGAAGUUGAUGUUCUUGGUUGUCCUGACAUUCUUACUGAAUUCUCAGACGAAUCAAUUAGACAAGAUGAGCAGGGUGUACUUCACCUUACCAAUCUGUUCACAGAUGUCAGCUUGCUAAACGGAAAGUCUUUUCUCCCCUCAGUGAGACUUCUACGCAUCACUUAUUUGGAGGCCCUUCAUUUUACCCCAGAGCAGGUGGAAUGGUUUGAACAACUAAUCUCUGUCGAAAAAAUCGAGUUUGCAUUCUGUUAUUUUCUUCGACAACUCCCUUCUACACUAGGCAGACUUGCCUCCUUAAAAGUACUUCAGAUCAGAAUGACAAAACCAGUGUCAUUGGAAGGAGUUGUGCCACAGAACCUUCAAGAACUGAUUAUGGAUGGCAUUGAGAUGGAAAAUAAUUUUAAACCUGGAGGAUCAGAUUGGCUAAGCAUUUCUCAUGUUCCAUACAUUCGGCUUAACGGUAAGACAGUCCAAAAUCUGUCAACAAAUGUUGCUUCGUCAUCUUCAAACCACCAAAUCUGAGCAACUAGAGGGUGAUUAAUUUGUGAAGAAUAUGCAGCAAGGAGAUAUAUAUUGUUAUAUGCUUUAGUGACAGUUAUAGGCUGAUAGCAGUGGCACCUGCUAAUGGUUGACAACUAGUCCAACCAAAAGAUGAAAGUAUUACAUACUAGUAUUGUGCAAAUUGUUGAUUGAUCUGGUGGUUUGUGGAAGUGGCAAUAAUGUUCAUGUCAAGGUCUGAGGAUAUUGGUAUUUUUCAAUUCUGCAAAAUGACUCCUUGUCCUUGGUACUUUGUAGUAGUUGUAUGGAGUCACUUGCUAGCACCAGAUCCUGGAUGGUGACAAAAUGCAACCAUGAUAAGGAGGGAAUACUGUUUUUAUGUCUGGAUUUCAACCAUAAAGUGAUGGAAGAUGCAUUGUGAAGAGAGUGGAUUGACAUAAAACUUGCUCUACUCUUUUGAAGUUGCAGGAGUGAUGUUAUGUUUUCUACAGAUUAUGAUGGGAUAUCAGAUCAGUAUGCUUGGUUUAAGGUAAAUUCUGGCUGCUAAUUAAUCUCUUUAUCUUUAUGUUAAGGAGGGUAUGUUGAGCCCUAGGAACGAAGAGCUCAAUUACGGUGUUAUAUAACCGGGCCUUCAUGUGUAAUCACUUUGGUGGCAGAUAUGUGUCCUGGUAUCUUCAGGAACUGUAAGAUGAAACCUGCUUGGUCUAUAACUCUCUUUCUAUCAAUGCAUCGAGAGGCAAAACUUUUGCCUUUUCUCGAAGAAAAAAAGCCCUGCUUGGUCAGUCUUCUGGGAAGCAAGCUUCGGAAUGAUAAGGCGGAGAUGACCAUGGUGACAAAGGUCAUCGAUCGGGAUCGAUGACGAGGAGACCGUCCUGAGAAAGAUGUUUCACGCCUUAUCUAUCUACUAUCAGACGGUACACGAGGCGCCAGAGCAGCUAGAGAACGUUGAUCAUGAGAUUCAUGACUUGUCCGCCUUCAGGAACAAGCAGACCGGGGAGGUUUUUUUAGAUGAUCAAUCCUGUACAAAUUAAAGGGAAGGGGGUGGAUUUGGGUUCAUCAUCUCCAAGCAAGGCGGCCACGGCUAGGAGCGCUCAUUCGCCGGCUGACUCAACGUCUCAUCGCCAGCGCCCUGACAACUCAACUCUUUUCUGAAUUCAUUCAUCUGUUUCCUCAUGGAUGGAUAGAUAGACGCAUAUGGCUUGCCUAGUGCCCAUGUUUCAGACGACACGCGAAACUCAAACUGAGCCCUUCUUCUGUUCCCAUGACACGAGAAACAAACAUACUCCACUGUAUAUGCAAGUUCAGAUUUAAACUGAAAGGAGUAUAUGCCUAAUUGUGUGGCUCUCU